AUGAUUUUCUUUUGCCUCGGUGUUUCUAUGCUGGGGGUCAUACUAAGCAAGCCGGCUUGCGCGGCCGAAACUCCUUGCUCGGAUGGGCAGCUGUGCCCUCCGCAGUGGGAUUGCUGCGACGAAGGUUGUUGCGCGCGCGCAACGGUCACCCCUCGACACGUGCCGAGCGAUCCCUUGAAAGAGGUCUUCGAUAACUCCUGGUAUUCACAAUGGCAGGUGCUGUUCCUCCUAGGCACAUUGGCGGGGAUCGUAAUCUGCUGCAUAUGGUGCCUGCUGUACCGGCGCCCAGCUGGGAUCUACAUGUGCUCCUUCGCUUGCUGCAUCCCUCGACACCGCUCCGACCGCGACUCCGCCGGCUCCGUGUACCCUCCCCCGCGCUACAGUCGCUGCGGAUCCAUACACCAGGCGCCUCCACCGUAUUCUGAAGUUACGUCCAAACCCGACCUCUACCCGCUCGUUAUUACGUGCGGCGAGGGGGACGGGAAAGCCGGAGGAAGCUAUCUUAUGGUUCACUACUUUAGAAACUAUGUAAUUCGCGCACCAGGUUCACUAUCAGCUACAAGUACUGCAGAGUCCCUUAAUUCUAGUUAUAUAUGUAACGCAGCAAACGAGGCCAACUCCGCAGUCCCGCCGCCGUACUCGUGCGCCAGCUCGCUGGGCGGCGGCGCGCUGCGCUCGCUGUCGUCGCUGGCGGAGCCGCGCCGCGACCGCGCGCCCGCCUCGCCGGAUCAAAAUUAUGACCUAGAAUUGGAGCUCAUAGACUGUGAGCUCUACUGUGACGGAGGCUGCAAGCCGCGCCUCGGCUCCUCGCCUCCACCGCGCCACGCCUCCCCCGGCGGCGACGACCCCUACUGUGAACGUGCCGCGUAUCUCAGACACCUCUUCCUAACCUCCCCCGACACCCCCGGUGGCUGCGAGUCCCCUCCACAACCCACAAGCCCGACGCAAUCCAGGGAGUCGACCCUUCGCAGACAGAUCGAUGAAAGAUGCCAAAGGAGACAUGACCUCUUCAGAAAAACGACAAGAACGAGAAAAUCGAGUCUGUAUAUACCACUAUCAAAAAUACCUCCUGGAACUAGGAAAUUACUGACGAGGUCAGCGCCAGCUACACCAAGCGGUGCCCUAGUACCCAAUAUACUCAACUUCACACAAAGGGUUUCAGCGUCGAGACUCAGUUCGAGAUCAUCUCGGUUGGAGGAGGAAAACAACCCAUUGUUGGCUGACGUGGAGUCCGCAGCCGAAGAUCAUAAAUUCUAAACAACUUUGCUGCGUUACAUACGAAUAGCAAAUAAAUUAAUGAGUGUUUCGAAAUAGAUGUUCGUGACUCUUCCCUUUAUAACGGCCUAGUUCCGUAUACCCGACCAGUCGAAGGCGUGUGAUGGAUCAUCCAAAUCUCAAUGUUGUGAUUGUUUAUAAUAUGCUCUAUCGCGAACAUCCGCGACGUAGCUAGCUAAAUGUUAUUCAAUUAUAUUACCUAGAUGUAAGAAACGAGCUUGUUGGACCAUUGUUCACUUGCUUUCUAUAAUUAUAUUAUAUGUCAAAUUAG